AUGGCGGCCACGGCGUACUCCGUGGCGCUCCUCGGCGAUGCGCCGAGGCUCUCCCUGCUCCGCGUGAAGGCCGCCUCCGAGGACACCUCCUCGGCCUCCGCCGACGAGCUCAUCGAGGACCUCAAAGCCAAGUGGGACGCCGUUGAGGACAAGCCCACCGUGCUCUUGUACGGCGGCGGCGCCAUCGUCGCCCUCUGGCUGACCUCCGUGGUCGUCGGCGCCAUCAACGCCGUGCCGCUGCUGCCCAAGAUCAUGGAGCUCGUUGGCCUCGGCUACACCGGCUGGUUCGUCUACCGCUACCUCCUCUUCAAGGAAAGUCGGAAAGACUUGGCUAGCGACAUUGAGACCUUGAAGAAGAAGAUCACCGGAACAGAAUAA